AUGAAUCUUCAAAUGCAGCUCACCAGACUUCUAGCCGUAGUGCUAACAGUGCUGCCGGUACUGGAAUGCUUGGCACAGCAAAAGUUCCGCAUCGUCCCGCGCGAUCUGCAGGUACUGGAGGGUACCGAGGCGCUACUCCGCUGUGAGAUCUACAAUCUCGUCGGGGCCGUCCAGUGGACGAAGGAUGGAUUCGCACUGGGCUUUUCCCACACGAUACCGGGGUACCCGCGGUACUCGGUGCUGGCCGACCGGAACCAGGGUAUCUACAAUCUGCGAAUAUCGAACGCAUCGAUCGAGGACGACGCCGAGUACCAGUGCCAGGUCGGGCCGGCCAAGUUCAACUCGGCGAUCCGUGCCAACGCCAGGCUGACCGUGAUAUCUCCACCGUCGUCGAUCGAGAUCCAGGGCUACAGCCGGAACGCGAAGGUCGAGGUACGGGAAGGGCAGGACCUCGCGCUGACCUGCGUCGUGUCGAACGCCAAACCGGUCGCCCAGAUCGUGUGGUACCGGGGCAAGACGGAAUUCAAAUCCGACACGAUCGAGAACAAGGUGACGGAAACGGAGGGCAAACGGUACACGGUGACGUCGCUGCUGCGCAUCAAACCGGGCUCGGAGGACGACUACAUGGAGUACACGUGCCAGGCGAAGCACAAAGCCUUGCAGCCGGAUCGCCCGAUGCAAACGAAGGUUCAACUGUCCGUGCUGUAUCCCCCGGGAGAGCCACAGAUUGAAGGAUUCACACCGGGCGAAGUGCUGCGUCGGGGCCAAAACGUGGAGCUCAUCUGCCGGAGCCGCGGUGGCAAUCCACCGGCCCAGCUGAUCUGGUACAAGAACGACGUCCAGGUCCGGAUGGCGUACCGCACCACGGACCGGCUGUCGGAGAACAUCUACUCGUUCGUGGCGGAAGAAGCCGACAACAAGGCUCGGUUGCGCUGCGAGGCCAACAACGUCAUGAUUUCGGCUCCACUCAAAACGGAAAUCACCCUGAGCGUACUGUUUGCCCCCACACAAGUGACCAUUUCCGGAGCUUCCGAGGCGCGCACCGGAGACGUGGUGGCGUUGCAGUGUCAAACGGCACCGUCGAAUCCGCCGGCCGAGAUUAAGUGGAGUGUCAGCGGGCACCACAUGAAGAACACCACGUCCAGGACGAUCGAGAACCAUGACGGUGGAUGGAUAACCGUUUCCAACAUCUCCGUGCCGGUGGAGGCGAACAAGCGUUCGCUGGUGGUGAUCUGCCACGGACUGAACAUGCAGCUGACGGAAAACGUGAUCUCGACCCACACGGUCAAUGUUUUAUUGCCACCCAGCCAGCCCACCAUCACCGGGUAUACCGAGGGCACCGUCAUAGCGGCGGGAUCGGUGCAACGUCUUCAGUGCAGUUCCGGCGGCGGUAACCCGCUGGCCACACUGACGUGGUUCAAGAACGACAAAAAGCUCAAUUCCGUCACGAAAGCAACAGACAAGUUGGUCUCGUCGGAACUGUCGAUCCUGGUGAACGCGACCGACAACCAGGCCAAGUACCGGUGCGAGGCCCACAACUCGGCCACCGAGAUCCCGCUGUCCACUGCCCGGACGCUCGCCGUCAACUUUCCACCGGAAACGGUUAAAAUCAAAAUCAUACCCCCGGAGCUGAAGCCCGGCGUCGAGGCGACCCUAAUCUGCGACUCGAGCUCCAGCAAUCCACCGGCCACGAUCUCGUGGUGGCGCGAUGGGAUCGCCGUCGAUGGCACCAACAACGCCACGAAGACCGGUCUGUGGGGCGGGUUCGUGUCGUCGCUCGAGCUGAAGGUGAACAUCAGCCAGGACAUGGACGGGAACGUGUACACGUGCCAGAGCGCAAACGAGGCGCUCCAGCGGAACGUCCACGAGGCCAUCAAGCUGCAAGUGCUCUAUCCACCCAAAUUUAAACCACCACCGUCAUCGACCGUGGUCGGUGCCGAAGGAGAACCACUGACCGUCGCCAUGGUGGCCACCGGUAACCCGAUGUCGAUCUCGUACACCUGGACCAAAGACGGACUGCCGAUCCUCUCGACAGCAGGCGCCCAGCGGAUAGUCUCGGAGGGACCGAUCCUGAACAUCACGCGCCUCAACCGGAACGACACCGGCAUCUACACCUGCGAAGCUGUCAACUCCCAGGGGUCGGCGAUGAUUAAUAUCUCCGUCGUAGUCGAGUACGGUGCAUCGAUCCAGUCCAUCUCGGAGAACGUUACCGUGAGCCCGGGCGAAGAAGCGAUGCUGUCGUGCACGGUCGAAGGUAAACCGCUGACCGAGGAGCACAUUCGCUGGGAGCGCAUCGGGUACGAUAUGACCAUCAAAACGUCGACGACGUUCGCGAACGGCACCAGCUACCUGCACGUGAAGAACGCGCUCCGGGAGGACGUCGGCAACUUCCGGUGUAUCGCCGACAACCGCGUGGCGAACCCGACCAGCCGCGACGUGCUGCUAAUCGUGAAGUUUGCACCGGAGAUUGACAAAUCGCCGGUGAUGCUGCGGGCGGCCGCCGGGUUCGGAGAGCGCGCUCGGUUGCCGUGCCGGGCACAGUCAGCACCGCGGCCCAAGUUCUACUGGUCCCGGGCCGGCCAGGUGCUGAACGUGAACCAGACGGCCAAGUUCUACGUCGAGAACAAGCAGAUCGACGCGCUGACGUACGAAUCGAUUCUGGUGGUCGAGCGGGUGGCGGCCAACGACUACGGUCUGUAUGAGUGCAUCGUCCGGAACGAGCUGGGCAACGUGAAGGAGAAGGUCCGGCUGGACGUGACGUCACCGCCCGACCCGCCCGUCAGCCUGAAUGUGCUCAACGUGACCCACGACUCGGUGACCGUCGCCUGGACGCCCGGAUUUGACGGUGGCAUGAAGGCGAACUAUCGCGUCCGGUACCGGGAGGUGAACAGCGAGCGGUACUGGUACGAGGACAGUCAGCCCAACUCGUACAAGCUGACGAUCGGCGGCCUGCGGAUGAACACGCUUUACGUGUUCUCGAUUAUGGCUUCGAACGGACUCGGCUCCAGCCGCUACCUUCCCGACGUGACACGGGCCCACACGAAAGACACUCCACCGUCGCAACCGGCGUCGUCGCUGGGCAGCAAAACGGCCUCCUCGCAGUCGACCGGCGGCAGCAUCGGAGCGUCCGGCAUCGUGCUGUUGGUGGGGGUGGCCGCCGGCAUCUGUCUCGUGCUGCUCAACAUCAUCCUGAUCGGCUGCUGCAUCCAUCGGCGCACCGUGCACAAGCGCAUCAAGCGGGGCGAAACGCUGUCGAGUGUCUCGGAAAAGAGUGACGCUUACUCGAGCGACGCUAAUCGUCCCGACUACACGGACGACACUACCAGCAAGUCCGCUUCGACAUAUCUCGUGGAGAACGGGGACAUGCCGCCGCCUCGCUACCAGAAGGAAGGCACCCUUCCACCGUACCCUAACAAUAUCAAUGGAGCUUACGCCCGUACCUUGCCCCAUCCGCGGCACAACCCGGUGAACUAUCAGCAGCGUAGCCACGACGAUCAGAUGAUCGAGCGCAGUAGCUACGUGACCGCUCCGUCCCCAGGACCACCGUUCGAUGGGUCCUACUACAACAUGAACAGCGAUCGCUACCUGUCGUAUCCUCCGAUGCAGGACUACUCGGCGAUGGAGAUGUCGACUCCGCCGCCACCGGUUAUACCGGCGCUGCCCAAGAACACCGGGACACUGACGCGUAUGACGCGACCGAUGGUGCCACCACCGGAUGUCACGUACCACGCGCAGUCCGUCGUCAGCGAGACCUCCUCGUCGCCGCAGCACAUGGGCACGGCCAACACGGUGUUGUCGGGCACGGGUGCCAUGAUACCGCCGCAGCCAGCACCGAAGCCUCUGCAAGGUAUCCUGAAGGACCCGAAGCGAAACAGCAGUGCCAGCAACGGUAGUCAGCACCAGCAGCUCCAGCAUCCAGCGAUCGGUGGUGGUGGGCAGUUGAUCGCCGUGCAGAACCCAUCGCCGGUACCGCUCGGAUCGGUCCCGGGGAUCCCGCUCGUCGGCAGCACCUUCCUGGGGCCGUCCAGCGUCAGCAACGCACCGUCCGGGACGCUCGGUACCAGCAGCCUUGGCAACAGUCUGCUGAUCGGCAGCUACGACCCGAGUGCCACCAACCUGAGCUCCUUCAACGCGUCCUUCGGCUUCACCGACGCCGACGGUCACCUGGUGUAGAAGUUAGCCGCCGGGCCCGGCAGACUGGCUCAGUAGUAGCUCCCGACGUUGCCAAACCCGACGCCAUCGGCACUGGAGACGGAACGGGCUUCGCUCGGCUCUCAUGAAUAAAAAGCAGCGUGUUGGAAAUGCUGCGUUGACUGUGAUAAAACUUUGCUAGCGUAAUGUGUAAUUAAAUGGCGGUGGAUGGCGGUGGACCGGG